UGUAAUGUCAUCAGGGUGAAAAAUGUGCUGAUUCAGUCCAAUGCCAUUUUGGAGUCAUUCGGAAAUGCAAAGACCAAUCGGAAUGACAACUCUUCACGGUUUGGCAAGUACAUGGACAUUAACUUCGACUUCAAAGGUGAUCCGAUCGGAGGCCACAUUGUCAACUAUCUACUGGAGAAGUCCAGGGUCAUCCUCCAGCAGUCUGGAGAACGCAACUUCCACAGUUUCUACCAGGUGCUGGGCAGUUGUAAGGGUCCUGACAUGAAAGGCUUGGAUCUGUCGGGUUCUCCGGCGGACUAUCACUACUGUGGUGGGGGCGGGGCUGUGACAGAGAUGGACCGCACCAACCACCGAGCCACCCUCGCCGCCUGUAACACUCUGGGCUUCUCAUCUGCAGAGGUCGGCACGCUCUGGCAGGUGGUCGCCGCCGUGUUGCACUUGGGUAAUGUGACAUUUGCCACAAGUGAAGACCAAGUUAGUAUCAAAAACAAGGAAGCGUUAAGACGAGCAUCGAAGUUGCUGUUUGUAGAGGACUCGGAGUUACAACGAGCGUUGACUGAGCGAGUGAUAGCUGCAAGGGGAGAAGUCAUGCAGAAGACACAUACUCUGACCGAAGCGGAGUAUGGGCGAGAUGCGCUUGCAAAGGCUGUUUACGACCGACUGUUCACAUGGAUUGUGGGCAAGAUAAACUCCGCCAUCGACAUAGCUGGAGCUAGACAUCGUGGCACUGUCAUCGGAGUCCUAGACAUCUACGGGUUCGAGGUGUUCGAUGCCAACAGCUUUGAGCAGUUCUGCAUCAAUUACUGUAACGAGAAACUUCAACAGUUGUUCAUUGAGCUUGUGCUGAAGCAAGAACAAGAGGAAUAUCAGCGAGAGGGAAUCGAGUGGCAGAACAUCGAAUACUUCAACAACCAGAUCAUCUGUGAGCUGGUGGAGGCGCCACACAAGGGCGUGAUUGCCACACUGGACGAGGCUUGUCUUAACGUAGGCAAAGUCACUGACGAGCUGCUGUUGGAGGCACUGGACAAGAAACUAGUGACACACCAACACUACUCGAGUCGACAGACGAAGCCGAUGGAUAAGAUGCUGCAACACAAGACUCAGUUCCGAAUAAGGCACUAUGCCGGAGACGUGAUCUACAACAUCAACGGUUUCCUGGACAAGAACCGGGACACUCUCUUCCAGGACUUCAAGCGACUUUUGUACAACUCCACCAACCCUGUCAUCAAGGGGAUGUGGCCUGAGGGAGCCAUGGACAUCACCAAGACAACGAAGAGGCCCCAAACGGCUGGAACACUGUUUAAGAACUCGAUGAUCGCCCUGGUGAAGACUCUGGCCAGCAAGGAACCGUUCUAUGUGAGGUGCAUUAAACCCAACGAGGACAAGUCUCCACAGACCAUGAACGAGGAGAGAGUCAUUCAUCAGGUGCGGUACCUCGGACUGCUGGAGAACGUGAGAGUACGAAGAGCCGGCUUCGCUUACAGACAACGAUACGACAGAUUCCUCAAGAGGUACAAGAUGAUUUCUGAAUUCACUUGGCCCAACUUCAAGAGUGGGUCGGACCGUGAUGGUACAGCAGUCCUGAUACAGGAGAAGGGGUUUUCUGGCGACGUCAAGUACGGACACACUAAGAUCUUCAUUCGCUCUCCCACCACUCUGUUUAAGUUGGAAAAGAUGAGGGAUGACAUCAUCCCCAACAUUGUGGUCCUGCUGCAGAAACAGUGGCGAGGGGCGCUGUGCCGUCGUCGCUAUCGGAAACUCAAGGCCGGCCUCACCAUCCUCAAAUACUACCGCAAGUACAAGAUGCGUUCCUACAUCUCGCAGCUCGACCGCAUCUUCAGGAACGCCAAGAAUAUGAGAGACUAUGGCAAGUCACUUAGGUGGCCACCGCCACCCUUGGCCAUGAGACGUCACGUGGGGAAACUGAGAGCCAUUUACGACAGGUGGAGAGCUGCCAUGGUGCUGAGUGUGAGGCCGAGAGCUGAGUGGCCGAUGUUCCGCAUGCAGAUAAACGCAGCGUCCGCGUUGAAAGGACGUAGGAGCAACUUUGGCCUGGACCGCAAGUGGCAGGGCAACUACCUGAGUCUGGCCGCAGAGAACCCGGACUGCCAGCAUUACAACGCCAGCAUGCGACAGCUCAAGAACUCCGACAGGUUCGAUCAGGUGCUGUUCUCAUCCUACGUGGUGAAGACCAACCGGUUCAACAAGCCGGCGGAGCGUGUGCUGGUUGUCACAGACCUUGCCAUCUACAAGCUGGACGUGCACAAGUUCAAACCCAUGCGGCGUGGCAUGCCCAUACAAGACGUGGUAGGCCUGAGCCUCAGUCCGGGCAGGGACCAGCUGGUUGUCAUCCACUCUAAUAAGGGCAACGACCUCGUAGUAACCCUCAAGACCUCGGAGGAGAGGGUCGGUGAACUGGUGGGAGUCUUGUGUACCAGAUACCUCUUUUUGCGCAAGGCCGAACUAACGGUGAAGGUGGCCAGCCAGUUCCAGUGCAUGCUGGGACACAAGAGUCGCAGUUUGCGCGUGGAGGUUAGUCCGGACACGCAGCUUGCAGGAUUCCGCAAAGACAACAACAACGGGAUUGUGUACAUGCUGCCGUCGAGCUACGCAAUCGCGCGACCUCAGCCUAUCAAGGGCUAACACACAUCGACUACACUGUGAUAUCCUGCCUUCAGUAUUUUCUUUUCAUUUUGGGUUCAAAACCCGCGCAUCAUCGGCGUUUUUGUCAUUGAAAAUGAAUUCGUCAUCGUCACACCACCGUUCAUAAAGCUAGCAUUUUACAAAUGUUGCCAUCGUAAUAGAGAUUUGUACAGUUGUGCCAUUUUGUACAUUAUAUGUAGAUAGCUUUGUUUUCUCUUUGUGUUUUCACCAAUUUGUUAAAACUAUAGUUUUCCACUUUGAUUUCACACUGCUUUGUAGCUUUUUAAUCACUUUGCAGCUAAUUAUGAUACAAAUUCUUUUUUUUGUUUGAAGUUUGUUUUUGACAAUGGAAGGAUCGUGAAGGAAACAGGAUUUUUCCAGACAUUUGCCAUCGUUCAGUGAUAUAAACAUGUUAGUGUUAUUAAGGUUUUGUAUCAAUAAACAAUGGAAAAUGUCUGGAAAAAUCCUGUUUUUUUUAUUAAUUUUUUCUUUAAAUUUUCACUGAGAAUUAAUAACUUACAAUCAAAAUGUCAUUCAACAACGAAUAUAUUUUAUAAAGAAGUGCAAUGUUCCUUUUUAUAAAUAAUUUAUUGGAAAUAUUUCUUUGUUAUAGAUAAUUGCAGUAAAAUUAGAAUAAAAUUGAUAUAAUGCCUUCAUAUCAAUAUUGCUAUCAUAUUGUUUUGAACAUUCUAAGAAAUUUACAGAUUGUUUGGAAAAAUGUGCCUUUGAAGCAGUAGUUUUGAAUUGUAUUGUAUAACCAGGGUUAUAAUUCAACUUGUUAUUAACAGAAAUGUCUAAAAUACGUUAGAUUUGUUGUAUAUGUUACUCUUUCUCUAUAGAUAUUUAGUUUUGCCAUAACAUUGUACAAAAUAAUAUUUUAACAUGGUGCUGCUUUGUGUUGUUAACCAUUUAUUGUAAAUAGUUUUUUUUUUUUUAAAUAUUUUAUUGGUGUGAAAGAUAACAUACACAUUAGUAAUUUAUUUUUUCACGUUUCACCAAGCGGCCUUUAGACUAUCGCUAUAUAAUUUUUUAUUUGUUUAUUAUGAUAAGUAAUUUUAACCUUAAAAUUAAUUAUUUUGUAAGCUAUAGCAAAGAUCAUCUGUUGUAUACGUUUAAUAUUUUUACCCAUAUGAAAUGUAUUUUAAUUUUGAAUAGAAAUGUUGAGACUUGAAAUUGUCGUAACGAUGAGGAUUGUUUUAGUUUAAAAAAAUAAAAAUUCAUUACAAGUUUAUAUUAGUAUAUAUAUAGUAUAGUCACAAGUGUCUGAUCAAGCAAUAGGCUACCAAAGAUGGAGAAACCACCCAAUCGAUUCAGUGUAUAUGAAAAUGGGAAAUCUCUAACUCUUGAAUUUAAACCAUCCAAAAUGUACACCUCUCAUCUAAAUAGCAUGGAGAACAAUUUAAUUUUUUCCCCUUAACGGCUGAAAUACUCUUUCGGACAAAUGUUUGUUUCAAAGACAAAGUUGCACUUGAAUUACAUGUUUAAAUAUAUUUCACAACACAGGAAAAAAAAUAACGUCCAGAAAAAGAAAGCAAGUAAUUUGGAUUUGUGUAAAGUGAGAAUUGGAACAUGUAACUGAAAAUAAACACAACUCAAGUCACAAAAGUUGGGAAAAGAUAUAGUAUAUGGGUAACGUCGGUAGUUUUUAUAUGUUAAAUAUUAUCAUAUAACACGAUUACUAUAGUACUAUAGUAAUCUUACUAUAGUAUUAGAUUACUAUAAUAAGAUUAAGUAGUAUAUUUUUCAAUUAUUAAUUUUAACUUAGUGUUUCUAUUACGAGUAAUUUGUUACAGUUAAACAUGUUUUUGUUGUUACAUAAUGUUGGGAAAAAAAUGUUAAUUUUCUGAAUUGGAUGAGGACUGUUUGUAAUUGUAAAUUAAUUGUUUAUUUCAAGUAUACAAGUGGUUGCUUAUAAAAACCAGAGUUUUAAAAUCCUUGCACUAAUUUAUUUUUCCAAACCACCUGAAAAAUACCCUCUUUUGGUUCUCUCAGGACAAGAAGUUGAGAAAUUGCACUUUAUCCUAAAAGGACCUUUGCGCUACUUCUGGAGUGAUAGGAUAUUUUUUAUGAGUAAAGUUAGGGGUAGGGGCUGCCUUCUGUCGAGAUCCAUGAGGAAGGAUUUUUGGCAUUAAUUUCAUGUUUCCUUGGUUGGAAGAAAGGGAAGCCAGCUCUGUAACAACCUCUCCAGUCAAAGCAGGCAGGGCGUGGUACACCCUUAUUUACAGCCCUUAAGACAUAGUUAGCCCCACCAACUCCAACAGUUGCAUAGAUCUACCCUUUUACCACAAUAUCUCAACAUUUGCGGUUAGUGAUGUGCCGUUCCUGUACAUCCAUAGGGUUGCCCAGAUUUAAGUGACACAUCGGUGUUUGUUGUACUCUGGUAGGUUCACAAUUUGGGAGGUAUAAACUAGUCAUAAGUGAAAACAUCUUUCUAGAAACAUUUUCAAAACCCUCCUAAUUUCGCCUAGCAUUAGUGAUCUCUAUCACUCAAGGGAAUACAUCAAGAAUUAAGCUAAGUGGAGUUUUGAUGAAACUUAAUUUCUAUUUGGGCGAGAUUACGUUUGACAAGAAUACAUUUCUAUAUAGGCAAGAUUAUGUUCGACAAGAAUACAUUUCUAUAUAGGCAAGAUUACGUUCGACAAGGGUACAUUUCUAUAUAGGCAAGAUUACGUUUGACAAGGGUACAUUUCUAUAUAGGCAAGAUUACGUUCAACAAGGGUACAUAGAAAUAAAGGCAAAAUUAAGUUUGAUCAUAGUACAUGUCCCUUUAGUGGAUGUCCUUCAUGAUGUAAUGUCAAGGAUCCAUCUGUUACCUACAGACAGUUGUGGGGGAGGGGGAGACAGCAGUUCUGGCAUGAUUACAGAUAACUUUUAUUACUUUUUGGUAGUAAAGAUAAGGCAGCUUUACAGACAAUGAUACGAACAUAUACCACUGAUUUGUCAAUUAAAUAGAACCCAUAGUUUCGAUCCUUAGCAGAGCCUUAUGUAACGCAUGGUCUGCACUACUCCUACCUUGUAAUUUCUUAAUCCUAUUUUACCUCUUGGGUGAGGCUUAGAAUAUAAGAUCCAAGCUGAUUUAUUCUUAGAAGUAACUUAGAACUCUUUCACCAUCAGUUUCACUAUACUCCAUCACGUCAAGGAAUCACCUCAAAAUUGAUAAAUUCUUGGAAUUUCUUGUCCAUCAGUUUCAAAAUAAAUUAAAUAAACGUUUUUAUAGAGCAAAUAAAAGAUUGGAUCUUUUAUUAGCCACAUUGUCUUUGAUUUCAGAACCAUAACCAUAGCAACCUGAUUCAUGUUUCUCAUUCAAUUUACUUUUGCCAUUAAUUCAGAAUCGGAGUAAGAAUUUUUUAGUGACUUUCUCAUCCUCAGUCCAGAAACAAAAAAUUCACUGAAGCAACCUCCAAGAAGCUAUCACCAAUAAGUGUUAGAGAGGGCUUCUUAGCCCUAACUUCGCCUGGUAAAAUAAGACAUUCUUUACUUUUACUUUUUUUUACCAAUAACUUACUUUUGUAAUUUUUUGUCAAUUGCCAAGUACAUUCAUACAUAAAAAAAUUUUAUCAGUCUGAGAAGUUGAUGGUCAUCCAUGGUCAAAUUUGUCAACAAUCACCAACUUUGAAAUGGAUAAACCAAUUGUACAGUUGAGAUUUUCCAAUUACAAUUGUGUUUAGUGUAAGCUUCUUGAGCAUAAUAAUGCUCCACUAACGUUUGCGUUGUUUCUGGUUAUUUUUUAUCUUUAAUUUGUGAGAUUGUUUUAUUAUGGCCCUCUGGACUUUAACUGAUAAAUACUGUAUAGUAAAUUUGUACCCUUCCCUGGAGCUCAGAGGGUUGACUUGGACUUUUUAAGGUUAUAAUAAUAUAAAAUUACUAUAAUUUUUUAAGUGUAUGUAAUGCAACAUAUAAUGACUAAUUUAUAUUGCGUUAUUCGCACUCGUCAUGUAACUGCUAAUCAUGGGAAAAUAAGUUAGUAAGGCCAGUAUUUUUACAGUAUUUGUGUUUUGUUGAUUUCAUUCUACAGUAUUAGGUAAUUUUAAAAGAACGUCUUUUUGGGUGCAUUCCAGUCUUGGAUAAUUCGACUCUAGUGUUGUAAUAUCUUUUGAAUGUAUACGCCUCUUGAGACAUUUUAGAGACGAAUUUGACAACUUACUAUUUUUUAUUGUUGAUAUUAAAUGCAGUUGUGGUUUUAAUAUUAAUAAAAAUUGUAGAUUGCCUCCGAAUAGAAUUCCUAUACUGAAAUGUUAAAGUCGUACUUAGAUACUAUUGUCAUAAUAUAUUUUUAAAAUAGAAAUAUAAAGAGAUAACAAUUAUUAUGAGAUUAUUGUGCUUCUCAUGUAUUUAAUAUUAUUCAUCUUAGCUUUUAACACUGAUUGUUAUUUAUUGUUCAAUGAAAUGGGUAUACAAAUUAAUUAGUGAGUAUAAUAUUUACAUCUAUUUUAACAAUUUCUGUGUAAAUUUACAGUAAUAACAAAAUGUAAUGUGUUAAUUAAUUUUCUGUUAAUAUAGCAAAUUAGAUGUUAUGGUUUUGUUUGAUAAUGUUAAAGUAUUCGAUAAGAAAAUUUUCUAUUACAAUUAAUUGUGUUAUUUGUAAUUUUUAAAUUGAUCAAAAUUGUAUUUGUUGUAAUAAUGUAGAAAAAAUAAGAAUACAGUUAUUCUAUUUUGUUAAUCUCAAGCUAAUAGAACACUGUAAGAUGCUGUUAAAAAUUAUAUUAGGUUUUUUAUUUAACACCCAAAGGUGUGCGGUUAUUUAAUUAUUGACAUUUAAAUUUUCAACUAAUUAUUAAUUGCUAUUUAAUUUAUGUUGCAUUAUUUAUUGGGAUGAUUAAUACGAUGUGUUAGUUUGCUUAUGUAUUUCUGUGAUACCUUUAGCUGUUGUGCCUUGUACUUUCUGUGUCUUUGCAAUAUUACUAAACGAGAAUGUACCUAAACUAUUUUAUGACGUGUAAGUUUUACUUAUUUUUAUGAUCAAUAAAAAUUAUUUUAAGGUA